CCGUAUACCAAAAAUUUAAAGACAGCCAAGGAAAGAAACGGAAAAAUAUAUGAAAAACAAGCUCUUUUGUUUGUACUUGUACAGAAACCCUAAACGCCGGGUCGAGUUGAGUUGAGGCCAAUCACCCAGCCCGUUUCACUCGCGGACUCGCGAUUCCAAGAACCGAUCCCAACCCCCACCCCACCCCAAAAAAUCCUUCCAUCUCCUCCUUUGUCCAAUACGGGAAGACAUGGCAAUCAAUAGUUACUUGUCGUAGAUUCAAAACGGGAUUUUCAAAUUCACACCGUUUCAGGAACUUGUGGUUUGUAUGAAUUGACCCUCUCAAGUUGCUUCAUGAAGCAGGCCUAUCGGAUGAGGGAAAGCCUGCAGCGGUAGAAGUUCCUGGAUGGUUGAAUUGAUGGCCCCACUACGUGCCUCUGGAUAUGUUGACCCUGGAUGGGAGCAUGGUGUUGCUCAAGAUGAGAGGAAGAAAAAGGUCAAAUGCAAUUACUGUGGGAAAAUUGUUAGCGGAGGGGUAUAUCGAUUAAAGCAACAUUUAGCUCGAGUUUCUGGAGAGGUAACUUACUGUGAUAAGGCUCCAGAGGAAGUAUAUCUUAGAAUGAAAGAAAAUCUGGAAGGAACUCGCUCCCAUAAGAAAAGAAAGCAUAUCGAAAAUGAUGGACAUGCUUAUUUGAAUUUUCACUCUAGUAAUGGGGAAGAGGAGGAAGAGUUUGUUGCUUAUAGAAGCAAAGGAAAGCAGUUGAUGGGUGAUAGGAAUUUUGUUGUAAGCUUGACACCUCUACGUUCAUUAGGAUAUGUUGACCCCGGGUGGGAACAUGGUGUUGCUCAGGAUGAGAAGAAGAAAAAGGUAAAAUGUAAUUACUGUGAGAAAAUAGUUAGUGGGGGUAUAAAUCGAUUUAAACAACAUCUAGCCAGGAUUCCUGGAGAAGUGGCUCCUUGUAGAGAUGCUCCUGAUGAUGUCUAUAUUAAAAUAAAAGACAAUAUGAAAUGGCAUCGCACUGGGAGGAGACUAAAACAACAUGUUGGUAAUGAGAUAACGCCUUCUAAUAUGCAGUUGGAUGACGAUGAAGAAGAUGAACCAGAACAAGAUAUUCUGCAUUCUAUGAGCAGGGAAAGAAUGAGAAUGAGUGAUAAAAGAUUAGAGAAAGACCUGAGAAAGACCUUCCAUGGAAUGCCUCCAGGUAUUGGUUCUGACCCAUUUUUGAGAAAGUCUAGAUUGGAUUCUGUUUUCCUUAGAAUGCCAAGAAGUCCAACACCACCAUCUUGCAAACAGAUGAAAAUAAGGGCAGGGUCCAGUAAAAAAUCCCGUAAGGAAGUUGUUUCUGCAAUUUGUAAGUUCUUUUAUCAUGCUGGGGUUCCCAUACAAGCAGCAAACUCCCUGUACUUUCAGAAAAUGCUGGAGAUGGUCAGUCAAUAUGGGGAGGGUCUGGGAGGCCCUUCCAGUCAAUUGUUAUCUGGUCGCUUACUACAGGAGGAAAUUGCAACCAUUAAAAGCUACGUAGUUGAGUGUAAGGCUUCCUGGUCAAUUACUGGUUGUUCUAUAAAGGCAGAUAGUUGGACUGAUAUUGAGGGCAAGACAUUAAUCAAUUUUUUGGCUUCUUGCCCACAUGGCAUAUACUUUGUUUCUUCUGUUGAUGCUACUGAUAUAGUAGAAGAUGCGUCAACUUUGUUUAAGCUGCUGGACAAGGUAGUAGAAGAGAUAGGUGAAGAAAAUGUUGUACAGGUAAUCACCAAGAACACUCCAGUUUAUAAGGCUGCUGGGAAGAUGCUUGAAGAGAAAAGGAGGAAUUUAUUCUGGACACCAUGUGCCAUAUAUUGUAUUGAUCAGGUGCUUGAAAAUUUUCUGAAAAUAAAGCACAUUGGAGAGUGCAUGGAGAAGGGCCAAAAAAUUACAAAGCUUAUUUACAACCAAAUCUGGUUGUUAAAUCUUAUGAAGAAAGAGAUUACCAAGGGCCAGGAACUUCUGAGGCCAACUGUUACCAGGUAUGCCUCCAGCUUUGCAACUUUGCAGAGCUUGCUGGACCACAGGACUGGUCUUCGAAGAAUGUUUCAAUGUAGUAAAUGGAUUUCAUCCCCAUUAUCGAAAUCGAAUGAAGGAAAAGAGGUGGAAAGGAUCGUAUUAAAUGCUACAUUUUGGAAAAAGGUGCAAUACAUUAGGAAAUUGGUGAACCCAAUAAUUGACGUACUUCUAAAGGUUGAUAAUAGCGAAAACCUGUCAAUGCCGUAUCUAUAUUCUGAUUUGUUUAGGGUGAAGCUUUCAAUUAAAUCCAUUCAUGGAGAUGAUGCAAGUAAGUACGGACCAUUCUGGAGUGUGAUAGAUGAUCACUGGAACUCGUUGUUCCACCACCCUCUUUACAGGGCUGCUUACUACUUGAAUCCAUCGUACAGAUAUCGACCAGAUUUUGUGGUGCAUUCAGAGGUUGUUCGUGGACUGAACGAAUGCAUUGUUCGUCUGGAACCAGAUAAAGUAAGGAGGUCGUCUGCAAGCGUGCAGAUUUCUGAUUAUUCUUCUGCAAAAGCUGAUUUUGGGAUGGAGUUGGCCAUUACUACAAGAACAGAGCUUGAUCCAGCUGCAUGGUGGCAACAACAUGGAAUAAGUUGCUUAGAGUUACAACGGAUAGCUGUACACAUAUUGAGUCAAACAUGCUCCUCCAUUGGAUGUGAGCAUUACUGGAGCAUAUACGAUCAGAUCCACAGCCAAAGAUAUAGUCCUUUAUCUCAGGAAAGAGUAAAUGACCUUAUGUAUGUCCAUUACAACUUGCGGCUUAGAGAGUCCCAAAUAAGAAGAUCCAACAACUCAACACCCUUGGAAAGUGUUACCCCGGAAAUUCUACUGGAUGAAUGGAUUGUAGAAGCAGAGAGAGAUGCCGCACAGGACAAGGGAAUACUUGACAAUGAAAAUCGAGCUACUCAUGAAGAUGGAUAUGAGAAUGUGAUGAUUGAUUAUGAAGAUGAAAUUGAGGAGGCUAGAAAGGGGUCUCUUGAGCUUGCAACAGCUUCUGACGUUGAUGCUGAUGGUGAUGAAGACGCUGAUCUUAAUUUCUGUGAUGAUGAUUCGAGUGAUUGAUCGACUCUUGUAACACGGCUUUUGUUGAAGAAGACAUUAUUAAUUCAGACUGUGUGUUGGCAGCAUAAAUUAUCAGGCAUGGCAUUGGGUUCUAUUAGCCGGAAAAUUGUUAGUAGACUGUAGUUGUGUAUUUGAUUGUCAAAUUUGGCAUUUCAAGAGGAAUUUAUUAUAUGUCUCUGUCUUGCGAUGAAAUUUCUCUCCAGAUACCCUAGCAA